CAUAAUUUUAAUAUAGGAAUAAUUCAAAACAUGUGUUAAAAAUAAUUGGAAUUGGCGAAUUAAUUCGUUCAACAGUGAUAAUUAUUUUCUUAAAUAAAUUUUUUUAAGAUGAUGUAACAAGUUACCUCUGCUAAGGUUAUAACAAGUACGUUACAACAAGAUUAGAGGAUUCAGAGGGCCUGAAGGAAAAAAUAAUGUCGGCCGCAAAGCCAGAAUUAAAGAAUUGGAAGGAAUACAAUCGCAAACGGAAGGAGCUUCGAAAGCAAUGGAGGGAAGAGAAGCUGAUGAAGAAGAUGAAGAAGCAGGAACUCGAAAAGGAAUCGAAGGACGAGUCCCAGGAGCACGUGGAAGGAACGAGGUGCGAACGGAAGGAUAUCUGCACUGUGAGCAUCGCAGUACCGGGAUCCAUCCUUGAUAACGCCCAAUCCCCGGAGCUGCGAACAUAUCUGGCAGGACAGAUCGCGCGCGCGGCUUGCAUCUACAGGGUAGACGAGAUCAUAGUAUUCGAUGACAAGGGAGACGUUACGGAGAGUGAGAGAAAGAAGAUUAGGAAGGACGAUGCGCUGGGCGAAGCUAGGCUUGGAUGCCUGCAGUUGGCCAGGAUACUGCAGUACUUGGAAUGCCCGCAAUACCUGAGGAAGUAUUUCUUUCCUAUUCAUAAGGAUUUGCAAUACGCUGGUGUAUUGAAUCCCUUAGACGCACCUCAUCAUCUCAGACAAAUGGACGAGUCUCUGUAUCGAGAAGGAAUAGUCACCAACAAACCUAUAAAAGUCGGCAAAGGAUCUCAGGUAAAUGUAGGACUCUUGAACGAGGUUCAUGUAGAUAAGGUACUGAUGCCUGGUUUAAGGGUGACUGUGAAGAUACCAAUGGAGCAGCCAAAUUCGAAGAAAUUAAAAGGUAUCAUUGUGCCACCUAAUGUACCCCGUGCAGAAGCUGGAAUCUACUGGGGAUAUACUGUCAAGUUAGUCAAGCAUUUGACAGAAGUGCUGACAAAUUGUCAGUAUAAAGGAGGAUACGACUUGACAAUUGGUACAUCUGACAAGGGAACAUUAAUCGAUGAAAUAGAAGCGAAGAGUUUAGAAUAUCGCCACUGUCUCAUAGUAUUUGGAGGUGUUACUGGAUUAGAAGCUGCUGUGGACGUGGAUCCGAAUUUAGACGUAGAUGAUCCAUCCUUGUUAUUUCAUAAAUAUGUGAAUACAUGUCCUCAACAAGGAUCACGGACAAUUAGAACAGAAGAAGCUAUUCUUUUGACUUUAGCUGAAUUAAGGACUAAAUUAGUGCCUAAAGAAAUCACUUUCUAAAAUCAAUAAUAAUAACAAAUAAUAGGAAUAAAUAAGUACAUCAUAUCUUUCUCUCUAAAAU